UGGCAUCAUUGUGAAACGUUUGUUGUCAACUUAAAAUCUGUUCGUCUGCUAAGUGCGGAUGAAGCGUGGUUUCCAUUCCAUCUUGCCCUCAGUCCUUUCUCUUUAAAUCGCUUCUGUUAAAUAUUAACCACGCUAAUAUACCCCUGACGACUGAUUUCUUAGGAAUUCAAUGUUGAUUCGAUGCUCGGCCUCAAAGAUUAUGAUAAUUUGCCAUUCCACAGCUGCUUUCAUUAGGUUUAAAAGUUCCGAGAAAUCAUCCUCCCCAAUAGUUUCGGUCAAAUAUUUGGAAAAAAGCCUUUCACUUUUCCGCAGCAAUGGCCAAAAGCAAAUUCGAGUAUGUGAGGCUUUUUGAAGUUGACGAUCGCUGUUUACCCAACACAUGGGUUGUUGUCAGAGUUGACGGAAAGGGAUUUCACAAGUUCUCUACAGAGCAUGGCUAUGAGAAGCCCAACGAUAUCAAAGCUCUAUCUCUGAUGAACAGGGCGGCAACAUCAGUAAUGGAAGAGUUCAAAGAUAUAUGUUUGGCCUAUGGGCAGAGUGAUGAAUACAGCUUUGUCUUUAGGAAGGAGACCCAAGCCUACAGCCGAAGAAGUGCAAAACUUUCUACCAAUGUAUGCAGCCUCUUCACUUCAGCUUUUGUGUAUUACUGGAAUGAAUAUUUCCCUACUAUUAAACCGCGUUAUCCACCGGUUUUCGACGGCAGAACUGUACUUUACCCUUCAAAUCAAAAUAUUAGAGAUUAUCUCAGUUGGAGGCAGGCAGAUUGCCACAUUAAUAAUCUCUAUAACACAACUUUCUGGGCCUUAAUUCUGAAAGGAGGUUUAACUCCCACUGAGGCUGAAAACAAACUGAAAGGAACUCUUUCGGGAGACAAAAAUGAGAUUCUGUUUUCGCAAUUCGCCAUUAACUAUAAUACCGAGCCAGAAAUGCUACGUAAAGGCACUGUUCUGGUCCGUCGGAAAGUUCCGGUAGCCUUACCGAAUGGCGGGACAAGGGAAAAGUCUCAAAUUGUCCAGGAACAUGUUGACAUUAUCGGCGAUGAGUUUUGGAAUACAAAUACCCACUUGUUGACCCUUACAUGAAGAAAAAUAUCCAAUACAAAGCAAUUUGAAUUAA